AAGAAAAACCUGGGCAGCUGUCACGUUCUCUGCAUUUAAUCUAUGUUCAGGCACAAAUGUAUAUAGACUCUGAAGUAUUGGGAGAAGGAUUAACAAGCACCGGAGGAGCAAUUUUGAGUUAUUCUUCUGCAUUGGCGGCCGUUUUACCCAUGGAUGAUGAGGCGGACAAGAAUUCUAAUGCUGCUGCACCACAUAAUCCAGACGAGCAAGCUCAAGCAGCUGCUUUUCAUAAAAGAGUACAUGAAAUGGUUGCUAGAGAUUCACGUAAUUUUGAUUCUUGGACUGGACUAGUUCAGGAGGUUGAAGGAAUGUGCCCUGAUAAUUUGGAUCUCAUCGCAUUAGCAUAUGAUUCAUUUUUAUCAAUGUUCCCUUUGUGCCAUUGGUAUUGGACAAAGUAUACUGAUCACAUCAUACGGCUAUCAGAUGCUCAUAAAGCUGUUAAAGUUUAUGAACGUGCAGUGGAUUCAACACCAUUCUCCACUGGCUUGUGGGUCGACUAUUGUUGUUUUGGCAUGUGUUUCUAUGAGGAUCCAUCUGAUGUUCGUAGGAUUUGAAGACAAAGAGGACGAUUGGUGGAGGGCAUGAGCAUAAUGGUCUUUAUUUUCUCAACUCCAAUGGUCCGAUUGCAUGUCCUGUUACUGUUUUUUCUCUUGAAAUUCACUGUCGUUUGGGUCAUCCGUCUUUACAAAAUUUGAAAAAGUUGGUUCCUAC